CCCAAAAUAUGACCAGGGGUGCUUGGAUGUGUAGUCGGCAGUAUGAUGACGGCUUAAAAAUCUGGUUCGCACCCCGGGAGAACGAGAAACCCUUCACGGAUUCAGAGAGGGCUCAGAAAUGGCGACUGUCCCUGGCAUCGCUCUUGUUUUUCACGGUCCUGCUCUCUGAUCACUUGUGGUUCUGCGCCGAGGCCAAAUUCACGGGGACCGGAGAGAAGGAGCAGCCGCCGCCCGAGAAGCCGGAGCCCGCGGAGCCGGAGCUGCUGGCGGGCAUGGGGGAGCCGGCGCCCCCCGCGCCCCGGCUCCUCGCCCCCCCCUCGCCCUCCCUCCCGCCCUCCCCCGGCAGCAGCGGCGGCGGCAGCCGCGGCAGCCGCACCAACGGCACCGAGCCCCGGCACGGCAAGGCUGCUUUCCUGGGGAACUCCACCGCCAGGCCCCCGGAGACGUGCCCCCCCCCGGGCUCCUCGUCCGGGCAGUGCUUCAGCGUGGGCGACGCGGAGGCGGUGUGCCAGCGGCGAGGGGGGUCGGGGCGGCCGCGGGGCACGGGGCACAGCCCGGCGCCCGGCUGGGACCUGACGGAUUUUUACCUUUCCUUUUGUAAUUCCUACACACUUUGGGAGUUGUUCGCCGGGUUGUCCAAUCCGGACACUUUGAACUGCAGUCUGGAUGUGGUGCUGAAGGGGGAAGGCUCCUGCAGCCAGUGCGUCCAGGCUUACCAGCGCUACGACCAGCACGCUCAGGAGAAAUACGAAGAGUUUGAGGUUAUGCUCCAGAAAUAUUUACAGUCGGAUGAGUACUCGGUGAAAUCGUGUCCUGAGGAUUGUAAGACUGUCUACAAAGCCUGGCUCUGUUCCCAGUAUUUUGAAGUCACACAGUUUCACUGCAGUAACAGAAUUCCUUGCAAGCAAUACUGUUUGGAGGUUCAAACGAGGUGUCCCUUUAUAUUACCAGACAAUGAUGAUGUCAUCUAUGGAGGACUAUCAAGUUUCAUCUGUACAGGGCUCUAUGAAAACUAUCCAACCAAUGCAGAACCAGAAUGCUGUGAUGUCAGAUGGGGACUAUUAUCAGAUCAUCAACCCAAAGGGACUAUAAAAACAAGUGGCUCAACAAUGUGUCACAGGACAUCGCUCACAGUUUCAUCAGCAUCAAGACUGUGUAACAGCAGACUUAAACUGUGUGUUCUUGUAUUAAUUCUCUUACAUACAGUACUUACAGUCUCAGCAGCACAGAACUCAACAGGACUGGGCUUUGGAAGCAUAACAACUUUGGAAGAUAAUUCAACCAAUGAGGAAUAAAAGAAAGGAUUCAUCUUACAUGAUAGAAACACAACAGGCCCAAAUUACUACAGUCAAAAAUAGCAAGGACUGAGUGCUUUACCCUCAGAGCUCUUCUUGAAUGACCUUUUGGGUAAAAUGAAAAGAAUGGGCCGCUACCUAAACAACAAGGACACACAAAUGCAGCUUUUUAUUGACUAAAAGGCUGUUUGGUGACUUAACUUUCUCACACCAUUUUAUACACUGUGUUUUAAUGUUUGGAGUUUCUUUUUUUUUGUUUGUUUUUUGCACUUGUUAAUACAGGAUUUUAUUUUUGGGACAGUUUCUCAAAGCUAAAUUAAGUCUUUUCUC